CGGGCGGGCGGAAGGGCCGCUCGGGCUCGGACCUCGAGGACGAGGAUGCGGGCGCGAAUGCGCUGACGCGCGAGGAGAAGCGCAAGCGGCGAAUGGAGCUCGAGAUGCGCCAUGGGGCGAACGGCGGCCGCCGCGCAAACUCGUCGGGUUACUCGAAGGCGGGGAGGCGCCUCCCGGGCGGUGCGGUGGACAUCACGACGAGCAACAACGGUGCGCAGUCGGAUGGGAAGAGCACGAUGUCGGUGCGGCAGCGCCUCGCGCAGGCGCCUGCCACGCUCAUAAAGCUCAACGUUAACAAACGAGACACUCGGACGAUUGACGAGAUUCUGCAGGACCGUGCGAAGGCAAAAGCGAAGACAUUGGAGGGCGAGGAGGCCAAGGAUUUCAAGGACUGGUUCGGGAAGGCCAAGGAGACGAAGGUUGUCUCGCAGGUCGGCUCCACGUCGACGUCGCGAGCCAAUACCCCUGCAGGCGGCAGCAGCCAGAAGACAGCUCUGCAGAGAACCCAGAGUGGGUCUGCGUCUCCUGCCGCCAAGACUCCGAAUCCGCCUCGCCCGUCGUCCUCCACUACCAUGCCCAAAUCUUCCUCAGUACAACGACCAGCCCCGUCAAGGCCGCUGCCGACCAAGUCGGUACCCUCCACGAGUUCUAGGACACCGGUAGCCUCUAGCAGGGUGACUGCGACCACGUCAUCGAAACUCGCGGCCCCAGUUAGCAAGCCUGUCCCUCGGAAGAGGCAGCGUUCCCUCUCGUCGUCUUCAUCGCGGAGCCCGUCUCCGCCACCUGCCAAGAAGCGUGGUACAUCCUCAGGGAACGAUAUCAGCUCCGAAAUUUGGAAAUUGUUUGGCAAGGAUCGCUCCCGUUAUGUCGCUGCCGAUGUGAUGAGCGACGACGAGGACAUGGAGGCGGGUGCGAGUGACCUCGAGAGGGAGGAACUCAGAAGUGCGCGUAUCGCUCGGAAAGAGGACGAGAUUGCGAUGGAGGCGGAAAAGCGCCACGAAGAAGAGAAGCGGCGCAAGCGAAAGGAGAAGGAAUCGCGGGACCGAAGAGGUUGAUACUUUCCAUCUCUCACAGCGACACGCUCCAGUGUCGGUAUGACCAUAUCCUUCAAACUCGACACUACUCUUCUUGGCUUCUAACUUCAGAUCUUACCAUGUUUCUCUGUAUGUCUAUUCGUAUACUGCUGCAUCAUUGUACCAUCGCCACCUAUCUUAUUCUCCACUCGCACCGACACAUUAGUAGAUCACGCAUAUGCAUGUAUCAGCCUCCC